UAUGAUAUUUCAUAAAAAUGUAUAAAAUUGGUACUGAAAACAAAAAUUAAACUUUAAAGUAACAGUUUAUCAAAAUCAUAAGAUAGUUAAAUUAAUUCUUAUCUCUAAAAAUGAUUCAAACAGUUAUUUUUAGUCAUAGAGCUCCCGUUUCGACGCUCAACAACACUUUACCCGUCCCAAGUCCCUAGUCGAUAUCCGAAUUAGAUAAAUAGAUAAAUACAAUUCCAACAUAACAAGACUUUUUUUUUUUUAGACACUUUAAAUGUAAUAAAGCUUCAUCACAUUUAUGUACGGGGUCAAUAAGGUUGAGAGAUAACAGCAUUGUUAUAAUUCAGCCACAUAGAAAUCAUGUGGGGGAUGCAAACAAUACCGUCCUCAUCAACAGUUUUAGAAAUGAAUUAAAACAAAGAGGAUCAACGGAAAAUAUAUUGUUAAAAGCCAUUUAUGAUGAGGAAGCAAGAAGGAAUUUGGUAGCUGCAUCUUUAUACCCCUGGUCGACUGCUGAGUCUAUUAUGCGUCUGGCCAGAAGAAAAUCAUUGCCCAGACUACCGAAUAAUUUAAGGGAACUUGCCACACUGUUUGAUGACGGGCAACUUGAAAGAUUUAGUUGUUGUGAGGCAAAUUUUUUCAGAUGUUGUGUACAAGACUCUGAUGGUAAGACAAACAUCAUAUUUGCUUGUACACAACUUAUUCAUAGUGUGUUACUGAACGAUGUAAAUGAAAUCCAUGCAGACGCCACCUUCAAAGUAAUCCCAGCUAAUAUGGGAUAUCAAUUAUUGGUUUUGCAUUGCAUGGUUCAAAAUUAUUCCAUACCUAUCAUUUACGUUCUGAUGGAGAGUAAAACAAGAAGAUCGUAUGAAUGUAUCUUUCAAUUUGUAAAAAAUAAUUUACUACCCACAUUAAGACCAAAUAUAAUUAUAACAGAUUAUGAAACUGCUUUGAGGGAUGUACUAUUAUCGGUAUUUCCUGGAGCCCAAUCUGUUAGGUGCUGGUUCCACCACAACCAAGCUGUAUGGAGAAAAGUGAAGAAACUGGGUUAUUUAAACCAUAUAAAUAAUAAUGACAGUGCUCUAAAAGCGUUAAAACUAUUAAUGUGCCUUCCAUUAUUGCUCGCUCUGAGCAUUGAAAAUGGUUUUUCAUUAAUAACAGCAUUUGCUCAAAACCAUGGAGUUCAUGUGGAAACAACUAUUUCAGUAUUACCAAAGGUAGGAAUAUAA